GCUAUAAUAUCAUGCACCAUUUUAUUCAAAUUUUAAAUCAUCUUUUUUAAAUUUUAAGUUGAAACUCGUGUACAUAUGGAAUAACCUAUUGCAGUUAAUAUUUUGGCGAACGGCUAAAUCGAAAGUAAUUGAAAAUGUUCCACACGCCUGAAUACAGUAAGAGACUGUCAAUGGAGUUAUCCCAGGUUUUUGAGGAUAUUGGAGUAAAUGAGGAGAUGGUGAUAAAAAUAAGAAGAGCGUUCAUCCUUAUAGAGAGUAUCGAAAACGUUUCAAAUGGUAACCAUUGUACAGUAUAUUACUUUGGUAGUAAAUCUGAAGGAACAACUACACUAGGUCUUCGUUCAGAUGUUGACACGAUUAUUGUAUGUCAUGUGGAUAAUGUUCUUCAGGAGUUGUCAGAAUCGAGAAACAAUAAGAAAAAUUAUCUCAUGAUACAAGACGAGAAUGUAACGCCAGGGAAUUGUUUUCUACAACGGCUAAGAUAUGAUUUUCCUUACCCUGUGACAACCAUUCCAAAUGAUGAUUUCUUCCGUGAUAAGAAUGGUAGGAUAUUAUUGAAGAAUACAGUAAGGAGUAGAAUAAUUCGUGAAAAUUCUGAGCGACACGGGCCAUCAGAAGCUUUAGCUGGUCGAGAGGGUUACAGUGAUACGGAUCUCUUUUGCUUUUCCUUGUUUAUCAUGGCCAAAAUCUGCAUAUCACUUUCUAGAACAACGAGAAACAAAGAAGUGGCUAUCAAAUGAAAUGACAAGAUUUGCUACUAGCAAUGGGUGUUUUGUUAUUGGUGCUUCCAGCAAGAUAGCUGUCCAUUCAAAUCUAGGAUGGAGAAUUUCUACAUCUUUCGCAGAAAAAUGUUUCAUGUUCAAUUUAAAUUUAACACAAUUACAGUGUUAUGUUUUAUUGAAAGUAAUAUUGAAAACUUUUCUUAAUGCUAGCAAAACAAAUGAAUUAUCAAGUUAUAUGUGUAAGACCGUAUUACUACGAUGCAUAAUGCAUAACGAACAACAUCUUUGGAAUCGUGAAAAUCUGUUUGAAUGUUUAGAAUUAUGUCUUAAUAAUUUAUAUGAUUGUGUCUAAAACGAAAGGUGUCCACAUUUGAUUAUUCCUGAAAACAACUUGAUGGCAGGAAAAUUUACAAUGGAAACAAAACAGGAUAUUUUAAAGAAUAUAAUGUGUUUUUUGAAGGAUAAUAAACAUUUAUUCAAAAUACAUAUUGAUGACAUAGGUCAUAGACUUCAAGUUAAAUUGAAUAAUAUUCCCCAAUUAGCUUAUUAAUUGUCAACUCCACUGGAUAUAUUUCAUAUAUGCUCGACUCUGCUUUACCGAUACAUAUCGUAUGAUAUUAGCUAUAAAUUGCUAUGUAUCUUGAACUUUAAUAAAGACAUAAUAGCAUGCAAAAAUGCUGUUUUAGAUUUAAAAUGUAGUUUAAGUAGAAGCCGAAGCGAAAUUGAACUGGUGUCAAGUAAAUAUCUCGUACCAUUUCUUUGUUCGUCGCUUGGAUCGAUGCUUGUGUCAUCAAACAUUGGACAAAAUAGUUCAGUGCCAUUCAAAACAAUGCGUUUGUUCGAUUUAGGAUUAAACUCAGAUGUCACAUCUGGCAGACUAAAGCUAGAAUCAGUGUUCUAUUCAACAAAUGAUAUGAAUAGAGCAGAGGACAUUCUGCGGUAUACAGAAGAACGGUAUGACACUGACGUUGUUGAACCAUUAUGCGCCUGCUGGCCGCAUGGACAUCAAUAUCCAUUAUUGGAAUUUAUGAGAAAAUACAGUAGACAAAAUGAAGAUUGUUUCAACAAGAUCACAUCAUAUUGCAUCAGAUUCGCAAGGAGUGAAAUGAACUGUGUUCCACGAGAGUUACAGUAUGAAAUGUGGAGAUCAACACGAGAUGACAUCCCAUUUAGGAGUAUGUAUGAAAAAAAAUGGAUGGACUUUGCCGUGGUUGAUUUACUCCCUUAUAUUUAUUUUCUACAGUACAAGACAUAUGGUAAUUUACAAAGACGACAAGAUCAACAAUUGGCUCUCAUUGGCCUUGCAAUCACUAUUCACGUCAGUGCAAACUUUGGUCAUAGAGAGACGGCUUUGAACCUACUCGGCCAGUGUAUGGAACAGGAGUCUAGACUGGUUGAGGCAUUACACUAUUACUUGAUGUCUCUGAAACAAAGACAAAAAACAAUGCAGCAAAAUGGCAUAUUUUUAUUGCACUAGCAAAGAAUUUCUCUCACGUGUAAUUUGUUGCGUAGACAUUUG